UCACCGUAUUGUUCCCAUUGUUAUGGGUGCUCCAAUAAGCGACAUUUUACGGUAUGCUCCUCCAAAUUCGUUUAUACACGUCGAUCAAUUUGAUUCACAACAAGCAUUGGCGGCUUAUUUGAAAUAUCUUGACAACAACAAUACUGCUUAUGCAGAAUAUUUAGCGUGGCAUUUGGAGGGGAAAAAAGCUGGGUGUAAGGAAGUCGCACAUUUGUCUCGCCAUAAACUUCACGUACACUAA